AUGGUUUCCCAAACCCAAGCUGUGACCACAGCCCAAGAGCAUCCAAGCUGUUCGGUAUCGACCAAUGGAGCUGCUUCAAACAAAGCCGAGGUCCAAAUGCAGUCGAGUGGGCCAAGACGCAGCAAGUAUCGUCAUAUCGCUGCGUAUCACUCGCAACUGCGGCAUUCCAGCCUUAGUAGAGACUCGGAUGUGACACCUAGUUUUCUGGGAUUUCGAAACCUGAUGGUCCUGGUCCUUGUGGCCAUGAAUCUACGGUUGAUUAUUGAGAACUUUAUGAAGUAUGGAGUCUUGAUUUGUAUUAAAUGUCAUGACUAUCGCAAGCAGGACAUAAUUCUCGGGUCAAUUCUCUUUGCUUUAGUUCCCUGUCAUUUGUUUUUGGCCUAUGUCAUCGAGCUAUCUGCAGCUUCUUCUGCAAAGCAAGCGGUAGGCCAACAGAAGAAGACAGCCGAAGAGAAGGAGCGCGAUCAACAGGCUUUCCGCUCCACUUGGCCGUACACGGCUUUCCUUCACACUGUGAAUGCCACAUUGUGCCUUGCAGUGACCAGUUUUGUGGUCUAUUUCUAUGUUCAUCAUCCAGGAAUUGGCACUCUGUGUCAGCUUCAUGCGAUCAUCGUGUGGCUGAAGAAUUGCUCAUAUGCCUUCACCAACCGAGAUCUACGUCUCGCAUAUCUCAACCCGUCGGCUGAUCCUGGCCUUCCGGACAUAUAUGCCACAUGUCCCUACCCCCGAAACGUCACCAUCAAUAACCUCACAUACUUCUGGCUUGCUCCUACAUUGGUCUACCAGCCUGUCUACCCUCGCUCUGCAUCAAUUCGUUGGUCAUUUGUCGCGAAGCGACUGGCUGAAUUCGUCGGAUUGUCAGUUUUCAUCUGGCUUCUCUCCGCGCAAUACGCCGCGCCUGUCCUGCGAAACUCAAUUGAUAAAAUCGCUGUCAUGGACAUUGCGUCUAUCUUGGAACGUGUGAUGAAGUUGUCCACCAUCUCCUUAAUCAUUUGGCUUGCUGGUUUCUUUGCCCUUUUCCAAGCCUUACUCAAUGCAUUGGCGGAAGUCAUGCGCUUUGGAGACCGUGAAUUUUAUACCGAUUGGUGGAAUAGUUCCAGCCUUGGAGGGUACUGGCGGUCGUGGAACCGACCAGUGUAUUCGUUUAUGAAGAGGCAUGUGUUCUCGCCCCUGGUGGGUCGUGGAUGGAGCCCUCUAGCCGCGAGUGGUAUGGUCUUCACGCUAUCCGCCAUUCUUCAUGAGAUGCUAGUGGGGAUUCCCACCCACAACUUUAUUGGUGUUGCAUUUUUUGGUAUGAUGUUCCAACUACCGUUGAUUGCGCUCACGGCGCCCCUGGAGAAGAUGCGAGACCCACUGGGUAAGACCCUCGGGAACUGUAUCUUCUGGGUCAGCUUUUGUCUGGUCGGGCAGCCACUUGGAGCUCUACUGUACUUCUUUGCUUGGCAGGCCAAGUAUGGCAGUGUUAGUCGAAUGCGGGCCUGA